AUGUCUACGACAAAUACUAUGUUAAAUAUUGUUGAGAAAGACGUUGAUAAAGCUAUUGAAUCAGUUCAAGAGUAUUAUAAUAAUAUUGAAAAUAAUAUUGAUAAUGUUAUUGAACAAAUUCAAACUAUGAUAUCAAAUUCAACAGAUGAACAAAUAAUAAAAGGAAAUAUUCAUGAUACAAUAAAACCAUUUGCUAAACAAUAUAGUGAUAAACAUAAAGAUUUACAUGGUUCAAUAUCAAAAAUAGGUAAAACAAUUGAUAAAUGUUUUCAAUCAGAUUUUGGUAAUGUACCUAUAUUUGAAUUAUUUGAUAAACCCGAAAAAUUAAAAUUAAUUUAUAUGAUUAUAUGUGAAGAUUUAUAUCGACAAGGACGUAUGUCAAUAGCACAACAAUUAAUUGAAGAAACAAAUUUAAAAGAUAAUGAUUUGUUUAAUGUUGAAAAAAAUUUUUUAGAAGAAAUAAAUAUGAUUUUAGAAAAUUUACGUGAAAAAAAUCUUUUACCAGCACUUGAUUGGUGUCAAAGAAAACAAAAUGAAUUAAAUCAAACGGGUAGUUUAUUAGAAUUUCAUUUACAUAAAAUGCGUUUUAUACAAUUAUUACAAAUGGGAAAUUUUGAUGAAGCAAAAAAUUAUAUGUCAAAUUUAAGACAAUAUUCUAUUUUAAAUGGUCGAUGUGAACAAGCCGUUAAUGAAUUAAUGGGUGCAUUAAUAUUUGCUCAAAGAGAUUUAACUAAAUCACCAUAUAAAUAUUUACUUGAACCACAUCUAUGGUUGCAAUUAUCAGAAUUAUUUAUGCAACAAGCAUUUCAACAAGUUGGACUUUCACAAGAUAGUCCACUUUAUGUUGUUAUGAAAAUUGGUUUUCAAGCAUUACCAGCUUUAAUGAGCAUUGUAAAUGCCAUGCAAAAUACUCAAGUAUGUCAUAUAUUAUCAAAAGAUGAAUUACCAAUUGAGAUUGAUGUUGGUCAAGAACAUCGAUAUCAUAGUGUAUUUGCUUGUCCAAUUCUUCGACAACAAACAACGGAUCAAAAUCCACCAAUGAAACUUGUUUGUGGUCAUGUUAUAUCUAAAGAUGCAUUGAAUAAAUUAUCCAUACAAAAUAAACUUAAAUGUCCAUAUUGUCCAUUAGAACAAAACGGUGACGGGCAAAAUUCCACAAAUCAUUCGGCACUCACGUCAGAAUCUAAAACAUCGCCGGUGAUUGGAAUUGGCCUUGAUUCUUGUGUUAUUCCAUUACGUCAUGGAGAACUUUUUCUGGUACAAUCAACAGACUUUUUUUAUCCACUUGUUGAUGAUCCAUAUGUGAUGGGAAAAAUUGCAUGUGCAAAUGUAUUAAGUGAUAUUUAUGCAAUGGGUGUUACUGAAAUAGAUAAUAUGUUAAUGUUAUUAAGUACAAGUAAUAAAAUGACUGAAAAAGAACGUGAUACAAUUAUGCCAUUAAUUCUUGAAGGAUUUAAAGAUUGUGCUCAAGAAGCCGGUACAACCGUCCAAGGUGGUCAAACUGUUGUUAAUCCAUGGUUGAUUGUUGGUGGUGUGGCUACUUCUGUAUGUAUACAACGUGAAAUAAUCAUUCCAGAGAAUGCAGUUGUUGGUGAUGUAUUAAUAUUAACAAAGCCAUUAGGAACACAAGUUGCUGUUAAUGCUCAUCAAUGGAUUGAAAAUCCAGAUCGUUGGAAUCGUAUUAAAUCUGUAGUUACUGAAGAUGAUGUUCGUAAAGCAUAUCAACAUGCUAUGAAUUCAAUGGCUCGAUUAAAUAAGACUGGUGGAAUACUUAUGCAUAAAUAUAAUGCUCAUGCAUGUACAGAUGUAACUGGAUUUGGUCUAAUAGGUCAUGCGCAAAAUUUAGCUAAAUAUCAAAAAAAUGAAGUUUCAUUUGUUAUACAUAAUUUACCAAUUAUAGCUAAAAUGGCAACAAUAAAUAAAACUUGUAAUAAUUCAUUUGGUUUAUUACAAGGUAAAAGUGCUGAAACAUCAGGUGGUUUACUUAUCGUUUUACCACAUGAACAAGCAGCUGCUUAUUGUAAAGAUAUUCAAGAACAAGAAGGUUAUCAAGCAUGGAUUAUUGGUGUAGUUGAAAAAGGUGAUCGAACAGCAAAAAUUAUUGAUAAACCAAGAAUAAUUGAAGUACCAGAACAAGAUACCGAAGGCGAAUUAUAG